AUGGGGUUGGAAGGUGAAGAUGCACUUAAACUUUUUAGUAGGCAUGCCUUCAAUGAAGACUCUCCUCCAGCUGAUUAUUGUGCUUUUUCAAAGGGCAUUGUCGAUACUACAUGUGGACUACCUUUAGCUCUUCAAGCAAUUGGUUCAUCACUUUUUGGGAAAAAGAGAGAGAUAUGGGAAGAGUGGCUAGAGAGGCUAAAGAAAACACCUCAUAAGGAUGUCUUGGCAAAGCUAAAGAUUAGCUAUGAUGCCUUAGAUCAGAAUGAAAAACAGAUAUUCCUUGAUAUUGCAUGCUAUUUCGCUGGUGAGAAUAAGACUAAUCCAAUGUACGUGUGGAAAGAUUGUAAUUUGUACCCAGAGGAUGCCAUGGAUGUCCUCAUUAACAGAUGCAUGAUAAAGGAGUUAGACAAUAAUAGCCUUUGGAUGCACGAUCAGUUUAGAGAUCUUGGAAGGGCAAUUGCCAAAAACGAGCGUACCAGAUUGUGGGAUGGAGACGACAUCAUUCACGAAUUAAGAUCAACGGAGGUAAAGUAUGGCCUAAAUUGA